AUAUGUUGAUUUUUAUCUCAAUAGAACAGAUCUCGUAUAUGAAGAAUAGUUUCGACUCUUGAAAUACCUAAGUAUCUAAUUUAGGAGCAGAUGGAGAAUAAGCAGAGAAGGUGAAUAACGUCCGUAAUGCUAAAAUUCGCUAAAAUUAAGUCCGUCAAAGGCAAAGCCAAUAACGUAACUUCCGAUCUGGGAUCGUCUGGAAGUAGUAGUAUAGACUCGGGAAGCUUCCUCCCGUCUGCUACGGCACUUAUCGACAGAGAUAUUGAAGAAACGGAAUGUAAGCCUAAAUUGUCCACUCAGGAUCGUAAAACGGCCCUAAAAUACUCAUAUCUAAGCAAUGAAAAAGUAAGACUUUUGGAGUUAGUCGAUUACAUGCAUCCCGAUCAAAUAAGAGAUACCCUACUGCAAAGACUUCGUAAUUGUGAUGCCAAAUCAGUAAUUGCCUUAUCAACUUUAUUUCCGAGGCAAACUUAUAAGCCUCUACAAAGAAUGCAUUGCGUCAGAUGUCACCGAAUAUUCGGACCCGAUGAUUACAACUCGGAUUGUCAAUUUCGUCAUCCGAAUUCACAUGUUGAGAAACUAUUCGACAAAAAAAAUGGUGCUGUUUUCCUAUGCAAACUGUGCAAUAGAACUUUUGAACUAGAAAAGAUGAAGGCAUACGACGAACGUGUAAAUUCAUAUUUAGGUGGCUACUGUUUCAAAGGCCAACAUACUUCAGAUCCCGAUCAAGUAGAUUACGGUGGACCAAUUAAAGAUUGCCAAGAAAGUGGUUGCAUUCAAUUUUUUGUUUGAAUAAACAAAUCAAAAGAAGAAGAAGAAGAAGAAGAAGAAGA